AUGCUUCCGCCACUCCCUCGCCUCCUCGUCCCCACCGCCCUCUCCCUUCAUCAUCCCGCUUCCUUUCCUUCCGCCCGUCUCUCUGUCCCCGUCGCGCUCAAUCCUCUCCGCCUCCCGCUCUCACCGGCCCGCUCCUCUUUUCCGCCAUUUCCCCAUUUCCCCAUUCCCCCUCUCCCCCGUUCCCCCAUUCGCCCCCAGGCGUGGCGAGCGGCAGUGACGGCGCGGCAAGGCGCAUGGAGGCUCUGUGCCCCACACGCUGUGCCCCACACGCUGUGCCCUACACGCUGUGCCCCACACGCUGUGCCCUACACGCUGUGCCCUACACAGCCCCAUGGCAUCACAGCAAGCUUGCCCCAACCUCCUCUCUUGCUUGCACCAACCCCCCACGCCUGGCAGGUGCUGCUGCGGCACUGGAGCAGAGUGCUGGGCGCUCAGCCGUGGCAGUGCGAGCACGCGGGCAGCGAGGAGCCGUGCGCUGCAGGGGGCGAGGAGCCGUACGCUGCAGUGGGCGAGGGCGCGGGGCAGGGGAGUGGGGGAGGCGGGGCGGAGGAGGGGGGGAAGAGGGAGGGAGGGGGGAGGGAGGGGAGCGAGGGAGGGGAAGGUGUAGCGGCGUUCUGCAGCGGAGCGGGGGAGGCUGUGCUGCGUCACAUGGAUGAUGAGGAGCCGCGCGUCAGGUGGGGAGUGAGGGGAGCGAGUCAGGUGGGGAGUGAGGGGAGCGAGUCAGGUGGGGAGCUGGCAGCAGCGGAGGCCCUCUGUGCCCUGGCACACUACGGGUCGCUGCCCGCCGCCCUUGCCCUCUUCAGGGCCGUGAAGGCCCACAUCCUGCGCACGCUGCAGCAGCAGCAGCAGCCACUGCCGGCGCUGCUGGAAGGGCAGGAGGAGGGCGACGGGGAGGAGGCGGGCGGGGAGGAGGCGGGCGGGGAGGGGGAAAAGGGAAGCAGGCACGCAGCCUUGGGGGCGCAGCAAGGGGAGGGGGCGCAGGAGGGCGCGGAAGGGGGAGUGGCGGGGGAAGGGGGGGAGGGGAGCGAGGGGAUGGGGGAUGCGCCCAGUUCCCCCCGGGCGGACCAGGCAGGGCUGGCAGCGGCCAUGGGCAGGCGGGGGGGCGCGGAGGGAGUGGGGGGAGUAGGUGGGGGAGGAGGGAGGGCAAGCGCGCGGCAGACAGCGACUGAGUUGAUGACGGCGGCGCGGGGGCGCAGUCUGGAGACGGCGCUGCGCUCGCUGCAGCGCCUGCUGGAUGGGCUGGGGGAGCGGAGGGCAGGGGGGAGAGGCACGGGGAGAGGUGCAGGAGGAGAGAGGGCAGGGGGGCCAGUUGUGGUUGGCAAGGGGGGAGAUGCAGGGGAAGGAGGGAGGGAGGAGGAGGGGGAGGGGGGGGCGGAGUGGGAGGAGGUGGUGGGGGAGAUGAGUGGGGGUACGGUGGAGGUGGUGGGGAUGGUGGUUCGGCAUGGCAAUCGCUUUGUGCGUGAGGCUGCCAUGUUUGCCCUCGCUGCGCUGUGCCACGUCAUGGGGGCCACGCAGCUCACCAGUUUGGGGGAGACCAUUGCCUCGCAGCUUGCUGUGGGGCUGGGGGACAACUGGAGCCAAGUCAGAUACGCGGCAUCGGUGGGCAACCGAGCCUUGUUCCUGGCAGCGGGGGCCAUGCAUCACAAGGAGCGCUACCUGCCCACCCUGCUGCCCGCCAUGGUGUUCAACCGCUACUACGGGGCGGACGGGGUGCGCAUCUACUCACAGGACACGUGGCAGCGCGUGAUGGGGGGGGGCGGGCGGGCGGCAGUGGCGCAGCACAUGGCGCUGGUGGCGGCCUUCUACUGCAUGCAGGCGCGCGCCCAGAACUACCUCGUGCGCGAGACGGCGUGCUUCUGCAUUGCUGAGGUGGCUGCCAAGAUUGACCGCCCGGUGGUGCUGCCGGUGCUGCCGGACCUGCUGCCGAGCCUCCUCCGCUGCCACACCGACCCUGUGUGGCCCGUGCGCUGUGCCGCCUGCUCAGCGAGUGCCGGUGUGGUGGAGCAUUAUGGUGACGUGGCAGCGCAGCACAUUGCCACGUGGGCACCAACCUGGCUUGCCAACCUCACAGACGUGAUCCCGGCGGUGAGGCAGCAUGCGGCGGCGCUCAUAGGGGCGGCGCUCACCACCAGGGAGACACAGGGCAAGGCGCUGCAGGUCCGUGCUGCGCUGCCCUGCCCGCCACUGCCCCGCGUGCUGUCCUUGGUGCUGCCCUCCAUGCCCACCUCUCCGCACUACGUCCCAUCUCUUCCCUCUACGUCCUCUCUUCCAGUCUCUGCCAUCCCUUGGUUCACCUUUUUUCCCUCACUUUCUCGCCCAUGCUUCCAUCCCGUCUCCUCGCGCCGCACUGCAAGCAGGGACCCCGCGUCACCACCAGACCCAGCCCGCCCCUCCUCCAUUCACCAGAAGUUCAUCUUCGAGCCCGUGCCAGUCAACACCUCCUCCUCCUCCUCCGCCUCUGCCUCUGCCCCUACUGUCACUGCUGCCACUGCCACCCCUGCCGCUGCUGCUGCCCCUGCUGCUCCUCCUGCUCCUGCUGCUGCUGCCUCUGCUGCUGCCCCUGCUGCCCGGUGCACGUGCCACCAUGCGCCCACAGCAGAGCCAUGGGAGCAGUCGGAGGGGGCGGUGCAGCUGCUGCCCUUCCUUGCUGCCGCUGCCCCCGCUGCUGUGGGGGAGUUCCUCCCCACCCUCGCACAGCUGGUGUGUCUGUCCCCUCGCCCCCCACCCUCACCACUGCACUGCAUUGUAUUGCACACACCAUCCUUGCGUGCGUGCUGCCGCUGCCCCCUCUGCGGUGGGGGAGUUCCUACCGACCCGUGCCCACCUCUUCUGUGUGCCCACCUCUUCUGUGUGCCCACCUCUUCUGUGUGCCCACCUCUUCUGUGUGCCCACCUCUUCUGUGUGCCCACCUCUUCUGUGUGCCCACCUCUUCUGUGUGCCCACCUCUUCUGUGUGCCCACCUCUUCUGUGUGCCCAACUCUUCUGUGUGCCCACCUCUUCUGUGUGCCCACCUCUUCUGUGUGCCCACCUCUUCUGUGUGCCCACCUCUUCUGUGUGCCCACCUCUUCUGUGUGCCCACCUCUUCUGUGUGCCCACCUCUUCUGUCCAAUGGGCAAGCGCCAGUUCAAGGUGCACGUGGAGCUCUUCCUGCCGCCGCUCUUCACCGCUCUCGCCUCUCACCAGCCGGAGGUGGCAGCAGCAGCGGGCGUGGCAGUGGCGGAGCUACAGCUGCUAAUAGGCCCCAGCAUCUUCGAGGGGAGGCUGUCCCCGAUACAGAGAGAGGCCAUGAUUCGUUACAAGCACCUCAUUCACCUGCGUCCCCAGCAGUCCUCCGAACCUGCAAUGCCUCCUCAUGCCCACCAUCGGCCUGGGUCCACAUUGGGGUUGGGGGUAGACCACAGCACAUUGGGGUUGGGGGUAGACCACAGCACAUUGGGGUUGGGGGUAGACCACAGCACAUUGCACCCCUGCGCGUUAUCGCCGCACAGUCUCAAUACACCAGCCUUCCUGUCGCUCUCCUCUUCCCUGCUCGCACUCCCCUCCACUCCUUCUAACUCAGCCUCCCCGUCCCUUGCCCAUGCGCCUCCCAUCUCCCCUCUCCCCAUGCCCCUCCGCGCGCCUAUUCCCCCCCAACCCUCUCUCCCCCCCACACCAGUCUCGAUCUCUUCUUCUGCCCCAGCAACGCCCCCCACUGCCCCCCGUCGCCCCCCUCUUCCCGCUCCCCGCCUCCCCUGCCGCCUGCACCCGCCUCGCCCCCAUCCCAUUCCACCUCCCCCUCCUCUCCGCCCCCCUCCUCCUCCCUUUCCCCCGCAUCCCCCUCCUCCGCCUCCCUCGGUGCUCCCUCCAACCCCCCCUCUUCCACCUACCCAUCCCCCUCUCCGCCCUCCGCCCACCCGUCCCCCGCGCACCACUCCGCCUGCCUCUCCCCCGCGCACCCGUCCAAGUGGCGGAGGCAGCAGCAGCGCAGGAGACACUCCAUCCUGCUUCACCCGCCCACGCCGCACUCCCUCUGCCACUCCCACCUCGUCCACACGCCCCCCCAUCCCAUGCUCGCCAGCAUGGCGCCAUGCCACGUGUCAAGCGCAGCAGCAUUGCGGGGGCGGCUGGAAGGACGUGCCAGGGGAGGUGCUACUGGCCAUUCUCGACCGCACUGACAACCGCACGCUCCUGUGCGCCGCUGCUGUCUGCAGGGGGUGGGCCGCUGCUGUGUUCGGCCUCACUGCCCAGCUGUCGCUCUCCUGGUGUGCCAAGGGCGUCAACUCGCUGGCCUCUCACCUCGUGCCGCACUUUGCACGCCUGCAGGUGCUCGAUCUGCGGCGCUGUCCAUCACUAAGGGAUGCCACGCUGGCAACUGUUGCUGCCAGCUCACCCAUGCUGACGUGUCUGCUCCUCAGUGGCUCCCCCCUCAUCACUGACACGUCACUGCACGCACUCGCCUCCCACUGCCCCUCGCUGCAGGUGUUGGAUCUGAGUGCCUGCAGCGCCAUCUCCCCCGCGGGCCUCACAGCACUGGCGGCGCGCUGCACGCAGCUGGGAGAGCUCUCCCUGUGUGGCUGCCGCCAUGCCGCCACCUACCAAGCUCUCAUUGUGCGGGUGCCUGUGGCUGCACCAGCCAUCCAGACAACUGUUUCCACCAAUGGCGUUUGCACCGUUCCUUCACUCUCCCCUUCCUCCUACAUGCCUGUCCCCCAGGCGCUAGCACAGGGGUGCAAAUGGCUAGAGGUGGUGAACCUGGGGUGGUGUGAGGGCGUCACGGACCGAGGGGUCACGGCUGUGGCCAGGGGGUGCCCGGGGCUCAGGGUGGUGGACCUCUGUGGCUGCUACCGCAUCACAGACGCGUCAGUGGUGUCACUCGCGGCGCACUGCCCCUUGCUGCAGGGCCUGGGGCUGCACUGCUGCCGCCAGCUCACCAGCCACGCCAUGCUGGCACUCGCUGACGGGGCGGCUGCCAUGUGGCACCGCCAUGCUGGCAAGCACGGAUCCUUGAAACCAACAUCCAUGGGAGCAUGGGCGAUGCCACCACGGUGCUCUACUCGCGCCCGCCACGUGGCGCGCACGGAUUGGUCUCGCUCAACAUCAGCGGCUGCCUGGCCAUCACCCCGUCAGCCCUGCAGGCGGUGUGUGACGCGCACCCCCAUCUGCACACCUGCCCUGCCCGCCGCUCCCUCAACACCAGCGGCUGCAUCGCCCUGCAGCCCGUGCACUGCCACUGCCCCCGUGCCUCCGCUGCCUGACUGCUCCCACCUGUUGCUGCCGACCAUCUCCCCAGCAGCCCACUUCCUCUCUCACGCCCAUGCUGCGCCUGCUUGCUGCGCCUGCUUGCUGCGCAUACAGGCCAUCUCUCACCCCUGGAAAGCCUGCCCACCCGUCCCCAUGUGCACACCAGCGGCUGCAUCGCCCUGUAACCCGCGCACUGCCGCUGCCCCCGUGCCUCCGCUGGCUGACGGCCCACUUCCUCUCUCACACCCAUGGAGCGCCAGCCCGCUGGCCAGAGGCCCUCCAUCCCAAUCUCUCAGGCCACCCACCCACCAGCGGUGUACACUCCAUGUGGCUGCACAACCCACGCAUGCCUGUCGAUGCUGUGUACUGGAACUGUAA